CCGGAAAACCCUCCUAAUAGUUGCUAACGGCCUGCCCUGCCUGCCUAGUCCUUGCUCAAAUACCCAUUCAUCUCCUCUCCCUUACGCUCUCCUCUAAGCUCCACUGCCAAUGGCGGAAUCGGAAACGAGGCUUCCAUCUCAUCAACCGAUUCUGGAAAAUGAGAGGAAGAAGCUCAAGUACCUUGAUUUCGUCCAAGUAGCCGCGGUGUACAUGGUCGUUUGCCUCUCCUCCCUCCACAAGUACGCCAAGAACCACUCCGGUCCCCUGAAACCCGGCGUCCAGACCGUCGAAGGCAUCGUCAGAACCAUCGUCGGACCUGUGUACGACAAACUCCACGACGUCCCUCUCCAUCUUCUCAAGUUCGUAGAUCGCAAGGUGGACGACUCGGUCAUCAAGCUGGACCAUCACGUGCCGUCCCUUCUGAAACACGUGUCGCGCCAGGCGUGGGAGGCGGCUCAGGAGGUCCGCCGGAGCGGCUUGGCUUCGACCGCGAAGACGGCUUACGUUAAAUACGAGCCGACGGCGAAGGAGCUCUACGGCAAGUACGAGCCGGUGGCGGAGCAGUACGCAGUGGCGGCUUGGCGCAUGCUUAACCGGCUGCCGCUGUUCCCCCAAGUGGCUCAGGUGAUGGUGCCGACGGUGGCCUUCUCGGCGGAGAAGUACAACCAGGCGGUGUCGUACGCCGCCGGGAAAGGCUAUACGGUGUCGUAUUACCUUCCGGUAGUGCCCAUCGAGAGAAUCGCCAACACUUUUCAAGAACGCAGCAGCCUUGAUCAGCCGGCGCCCAACGGGCCCUCCUGCGUCACAGUUUCCCAGUAACAGUAAUAUUUACCAUUUGAUUAUUAUCACCAUUUUUGGUUGCCUGCAGCUGCUGCUGCGUUCACCCAAUAUUUUCAGUGUAUUGCUGUCGGAUCUUAAUAGUUUAUUUAGAUUCUUUUUGGCCCCUUUUCGA